UGGCUCAGUGAGUGGUUGGUAGGGAGCGGAGAGCGUGCCUGAGGCCACCGAGAGCGUGCCGAGCCGAGCCGAACCGAGCCGAGCCGCAGAGGGAGAUGAGCCCGGCUCACCCCGGCCUGAGCAACAAGUGCGUGUCCUCGUACAGUACAGUACAGUGAUCCCCAUCGCCUGGAUUAACUACAAGCCCUUGGAUUUAUCACCAUCAUCAUCUGCAUCACCAUCACCACCUGUGGAUUGUGUGUGCGCGUGUGUGUUGUGCCAGUGGGAUACAGUGUUUGUGUCAACAUAGUGCCUGAUGGAUACGCCCCAGCACGUCCUGCACUGAGCGAGGUUGUUUGGAGAAUGCCUAGUACUCCGACUGACCACUGAGCCGGUGAUAAAGAAGAUUUCCGAGUGAAACGACAUACACUUAGAAGUUGUCCUUUUAAUCCUUCCAAGAUGUCGCAACGCUUCUGCUUACGGUGGAACAACCACCAGUCGAAUAUGCUGUCAGUUUUUGAUCAGCUCCUGCAUGAUGAAUCUUUUGUGGAUGUGACACUUGCUGUUGAUGGGCAGGUACUUCGUGCUCACAAAAUGGUGCUUUCAGCAUGCAGUCCACUCUUCCAAGCCCUUUUUAUUGGGCAUCCGGACAAACACCCAAUAGUGAUUCUGAAAGAUGUUCCCUAUAAUGACAUGAGGUGUUUGUUGGACUUUAUGUAUCGUGGUGAAGUGAGUGUUGAUCAGGACAGAUUAACUGCCUUCCUCAAAGUGGCAGAAUCAUUAAGGAUCAAAGGUCUUACGGAAGUCAAUGAAGAAAAGUGUGACAUUCCCUCCAUUACCAACAAUUUACUCUCAGCCAUUCCCCAAGCCCAUAGUACCCCUGCUGCACCUCCACCCCCUCAUCUUCAGCGGAUACAGAUGCCUCAGAAGAGAACAAUGCCUCCUCUAGUUGCAUCUAAUCCUCUUCUUGGUUCAGCCCUCACUGCCCCCAAACGCAAAAGAGGUCGCCCAAGGAGGGUAUCAGGCAGUAGUGAUGACCCCCAUGUUCGUGAUGGAAGCCCUCAUGAACUGGAUGGUGAAAUGGAUUUGGAAUACGACAGUCAACGCAACACCGGUUCUGAGCAUGGUUCACCUCCACCUCAAGAUCUGAUGGAAAUGCGAAUGGAUUAUGGACAACGCGCAAACAGUGUGGGGAGGCUCAACAAGUCAUCAGAUAGAGAUGAUUCAUCUGGUGUAGAAGACGGCUCAAGUCAAUCUCCCCUCAAAGAUUCACCAACGCCAACCAAAUCAGCACCCCAGACUCCUAGACGGUCAAAGGAGGAUCCUGAGCCCACACCUGGUACUUCAUCACAAGAAUCAGGACAAGCACAGUUCAGAAUAGGCAGCAAUGGAAAUAGUGGAGCAAAUAAAGCGGGCACAGGAUCGGGCAGUACUGGCAGUAGCAGCAAUGCAGCAAGUCCCCAAAAUAAUGGAAAUGGCAUCGGAUUGACAAACUCAGAAAAUCUUCCACCUGUUCCAUUACUCAUCCCAAAGACAGAGGCCCUUAGCAGAAGCGGCAGUGUGGAGCACGCCAACAAUAACAACAACACCAAGGAUGGUGGGAAAGAUCAGACCCUCACAAAUACCACAUCAAAUGCUAAUUCCAGUCUGGAUGGCUCAGAAAGUUUUGCAAGUGACGUUACCACAACUCCAUCAUCAGGCCGACAACCCACGCGACGCAGAGCAAGACGAAGAGCGGCAUCAUCCAGUCAAGAUCCUGCUGAACAACUCACUGAAAUGAGUGUUCGGGGUUUAAAUCUCUUCCGCUAUGCAUCAGUCACUGAAGGUGUUUAUAAGUGCAUGGAGUGUGCAAAAGUAGAUGUGAUAAAAACAUUUAAAAACAAGUACAGCUUCCAGCGUCAUGCAUUCCUUUAUCAUGAGGGUUGUCAACGGAAAGUUUUCCCUUGUCCUGUAUGUGCUAAGGAGUUCUCUCGACCGGACAAAAUGAAGAAUCACAUGAAAACGGUUCAUGACUGCUUCAUGCCCAAAGAUUGUGUAUUCCCUGUCAACUUCUACAUGCCUGAAGGUAAUGCAAAUUUUCCAUAAGCGUAAUUGAAUCUAGAAGACACCCUCAUUAAAUGAGAUGAACAUUUCUUUUCUAAGGUUUAGCAUUUAAAUGUUUUUUGGUGAAAGAUCGGUGUCAUUGUACCUUUGAAUUUACAAAAGGAUCUCAAAGAUUCUUGCAGCUCAGGUGCAAUAAAAUCCGUACUUUCUACUAGCACUAUGUUUACCUUGCAUUGUGAUAAAAGAAGAAUUCUGUCUAGAUAUCCCCAUGGUGGACAAUUUAAUGUAUGUUUGUAGCAAUAAUAUUUUAUUCAAAGAAAGUUAUAUAGAGGUAAUUGAUAAAAUUUGAUUUGGUUGAAUUAUUCUUUCUUUUUAUACAUGAUACUCUUCCCAUUGUAAAUCUAUGGUUUGAAGUUGAUUGUAACUUUGAUCCAGUGUUAUUGCCAAUUAUUAAGAGAUAUUUUAAUAUCAGUGUUACUUUUGCUAAAGUUUAUUCUCGUACCUGUGACAAAUUGCAACCAGUGACUUUUGACAAUAUGUUGUUAACAAAAUUACCUAAAGAUAAUUUAAGGAGCAAAAUUGAUAUUUUUUUCCCGUGACUUCAUGAUUUAAGUAUAGUGCGAAUCUUUUUUUCAAGGAAAUACUCAAGUUGUCCUUUAAAAUGUAGAUGUCUUUAAGUGAGCCACUGUAAAGCAAGUGCUUUAUACCUUUUUUACAAUCUUUUCAAAGCAACAUGUCAGACUUGGUGGAUUGUUUUAAUCCAUAGUGCUCAUCUUUCAUGUAUCAGUUGAUGAGCAGGUGCUACAUAUUUGACUGAAUAUCGUGUAUGAUGUUAAAUCAUUAUUGUUCUAAGAGGAAGAAGUUACAAGAUUCCAUAUAUAUUAUAUAUUAGCAGUGCUAUAGAUGUCAUAAUAGGUUUCAUCAUUGGCAUUCUGUUGCGUCACCUAUUAGCACUGUUACCUAUUGUUCAUUCCCGACUUUAUAGCGUGUUUCAGUUUUGUUGUAUUAGAUAAGUAUUGUGGUAAACUUAAUUGAUUGAAUGAAAAACUUCAAACUUGUCAAAGAAGUAUUUUUAUACUGUUAGUAGAGCAUGUUGUUGUAUGACAAAUGAAGUUAGAAACAUUUUACUUUGAAGAUUGCAAUAAUUUGAAUUCCAUUGUCUUCCAACCUAGUUGUGGUGCUACGGAAAGGAACAUGAUCCAAUCUUCGUUCCAUUUCAAUCAGAAUACUCCAAUUAGGCCAAGCCCUAAUGCUGAGACUCCUCCAAAUAUCAUAGAAUAUCAAUGAACUGUCCCUAUUUUAUGAUUCCACUUGAGAGCACUAGAUACCUUUUUAUGUGUUUUCUAUGCAAUUUAGUUAAAAGUAGGUAUGUUAUUGAAGAUUGUAAUUAUGAAGAAACUAUUGUAAAGGCCAAAAAGGUUUUAGUAAGGAAUUAUGAGUAUAUAUAUUGUACAUAUUAUAUAAUAAAAGAUGUGAGUAAAACAACAUGGUUGUAUUUUGUAAAUACAAGUUGAUGAGCGUUGUGUGAUGUCCUAGAUACUGGCAUCAAAUUUAUCAUUGUUUUUAUCUUUUGAUUUAAAUUCUGUGCCCUUCAUUCAUUUUGAAACUCCUUUAUUUGUGUGUUAUUGUUUGUUAAAUGGCUCAUAUAGUAGGGUAAUCUAUCAAGCUUUAAAAUUUUGUGCCCUCAAAUAUUCCUCCUGUGGGGUAUCUCAAAUUGGGCCAUUUUUCUUUUAGAUAGUUUUAAUUAUUGACUAGUUUCAUUUUGCGUUCUAUGUUGACGAAGAAGGAAUUGCUUUAUCACUGAAGGUUCUAAAUACAUUGCCGUCUGUGAUAUAAAAGGAAAAGAACACACAUUGUGAUUUCAAGUGAUUUCUAAGAACACCUUAACUACCAUAUUUUAAAGCGCUCUGUUUGAAGCAGAUGCACUUAUGUGAUAAAUAAUUCAGAAAUCAAAAAAUAAUUCCUUUUCCUUCUUUUUAUCAUAAGACUCGGCUGCAAUAACAAAUUUUUUGGGCUGGGAAAAAACAGUAAAGCAUUUUUUUUUAAAGAUUGAUCUCUACCAAUCUUCCUUGAAGGACUCAAAAAUAUUUUAUGACAGGUCAAGUAUCAAACAAUUGGUUCAGUUCAUGAUGAGCGGGCCAUGUUUUAUGUCCAAGGCCAUGAAGUUUUGCAGGUUUCCUUCGUGUGUUGAGUGAACUGGAAUUCAGGUCCAACUUCCUCAUAAUUCACCAUCACAAUGACCUACCAGUGACGAUUCACUUUUAGUAACCAAAUAAGUACAAUAUCUAAUGUUAAAAAGUAAGUCUUGGGUAAAUUUGUAAAAUUCCAGAAGACCAGUGAGUACAGUGAAAAUUAAAGCUUUAUAAGUGCUACGUGCAAUUUGUCCAAUCCCAUUGUUACAUUAAAAAAAUGUGCGAUCACUACUUUAUCCUUUUAAAACACUGCGUAAUUUAGUGUAAAUUCCAUACUAACUAAUUUUGAUAUGUAUUGUAAAAAAUGUGUUGUUUGACACAGUAUUUAAUUUGAUAAUUAGUCUUAGUCAUGGGGAUAUUGGUUUAUUGUAAAUGUAGAUUUGUUUCACAGCUCGUAUGUUAUUUGUUAUUUUUCACACAAUUACCCCCAGCACAAAUAUCUUUGUUUUGGCAAGUUAAGUUUAUGUCAUGGAAGAUUUCCAAAAUGUGUAUAUACUUAACUUAGUUUGUUACCUUAAUGGUAUUGCCAGAUAAAUAAAACUUGAGAUUUAUUAUUAUUGUACGUUUUGUUUGCCUGUAGCCAAAAGGACACUUGAUGUAGAUUUUCACUGCUCUAUUUUCAUUUCAUAAUUGGACCUCUGAUCUCAACUAAUACUGGUCCAUACAAUAUGUUAAUACUGGUUUUGUUGUUCAUUUGUGCGGAUCCACAGGAUUUUAAUAAAAAUAGCAGAAUGCUUUGCAAAUAAUGUCAUCAUUUUGAUACUAACCGAAUUAGUACAGCAGUAAAGUUGCCCUUUUAAUACUAAAACUUUUGGUGUGUAAGGAUUUGGAUUAAAUCUGGGUGGCAAACAAAGUAUGAGUCAAGUUUCGAGCUAACUGCUUCUGUUCUCCACCCAGUCAAUAUUAUGAGUAGUUUCCAUUGAACCUUGCAUUUGUGCACUGAUAUUUGUGCACACUUGUUGUCACAAUACCCCAAGAUGAUCUGACAUAAAUUGUCACACUACCCAAAUCUGAUCAAUUUGUCCAAGAAAAUUAUAGAAUAAACGAAUGAAAUGAAA